AUGUCUACUCCAGUUCACCUGAGCCCACAAAGUGAAAUCUCCGUUUGUCCUUCCAAAUCUCUUGCUGAAGAAAAACACAGGAUUGAUUUGAAAAAUCCAGAAGCUGCAAAACUUCAGGAUGAGCCUUUACUUCGGUGUAAUCCCCAUCGGUUUGUUAUCUUUCCGAUCCAAUACCAUGACAUGUGGCAGAUGUACAAAAAGGCAGAAGCAUCAUUCUGGACUGCAGAAGAGGUUGACUUGUCAAAGGACUUGGCACACUGGGGUUCUUUGAAACCAAAUGAAAAACGUUUUAUCUCACAUGUUCUGGCAUUCUUCGCUGCGAGUGAUGGAAUUGUAAAUGAGAAUCUGGUGGAACGAUUCAGUCAGGAGGUCCAAGUCACUGAAGCUCGUUGUUUCUAUGGUUUCCAAAUUGCCAUGGAGAAUGUUCAUUCUGAAAUGUACAGUCUUCUUAUUGAUGCCUAUAUCAAGGAUCCUAGUGAGAGGGAAUUCUUGUUUAAUGCAAUUGAAACAAUGCCGUGUAUCAAAAAGAAGGCUGACUGGGCCUUGCGAUGGAUUGCUGAUCAUGAAUCUACAUUUGGGGAACGAGUGGUUAGCUUUGCUGCUGUUGAGGGAAUCUUUUUCUCUGGGUCCUUUGCUGCUAUUUUCUGGUUGAAGAAACGAGGGUUGAUGCCAGGUCUGACUUUCUCCAAUGAACUGAUCAGUAGGGAUGAAGGUCUACACUGUGACUUUGCCUGUCUGAUCUUCAAACACUUGGUUCACAAACCGUCUGAAACUAGAGUCAGAGAAAUUAUCACUGAAGCAGUGAGGAUUGAGCAGGAGUUUGUGACUAAGUCUCUCCCUGUGGACCUGAUUGGAAUGAACUGCACUCUGAUGAAAUACUACAUUGAGUUUGUGGCUGACCGCUUGCUAUUGGAGUUGGGUUUCAGUAAGAUCUUUAAAACUGAAAACCCUUUUGACUUCAUGGAAAAUAUUUCUCUGGAAGGGAAAACCAAUUUCUUUGAAAAGAGAGUUGCUGAGUAUCAGAGAAUGGGUGUGAUGUCAAAAGCAGAGGAUAACAACUUUACACUGGAUGCUGACUUCUAGUUUCUAAAAUGUUGUUGCAGGAAUGAAGCAACAACACGAUUAGUGUGAAAACCUUGGGCACCGGAGACUAGCUCUUAUGUUGCAGCAUUUGACUAUUACUUUUAUAGCUGGUAUAUU